AUAAUUUUUCUUUCACCUGUGCUCAAUUCAGCUCAUCAUGACGAGAUCAGACGAGGUUAUCGGAAAGCCAUAUGAUCAGUUCCUCCUCUUUGGGGACUCGAUCACCCAGAUGUCCAGUAACCAGGACCUGGGAUUCGGCUUCGAGCCAGCAUUGCAAGACGUAUACUGCCGCAAGAUGGAUGUGCUGAACCGUGGGUUUUCGGGAUACUCUACCGCUCAUGCCAUCAAAGUCUUUCCUAAAUUCUUCCCAUCGCCUCAAAUUGCUACCGUGCGGUUCAUAACCAUUUUCUUUGGUGCCAAUGACGCGGCAGUUCCUGGGCACAACCAGCAUGUUCCUCUGGAGCAGUAUAAGCAGAACCUGACAGAUAUCGUUCAACAUCCGGCAAUGCUUGCUCAGAACCCUCACAUCAUUUUCAUUACUCCCCCACCAGUCAAUGAAUACCAACUAGAGGGCUUUGACAACGCUAAGAACACUGUCCACCCCAGCCGAACUGCCGCUCUUACGAGGACCUACGCUGAGGGAAUGAGAGAGCUCGGUGCAUCGCUCAAUAUCCCAGUUGUGGAUACCUGGUCUGCAUUCAUGGCUUCAGUUGGUUGGAAGCAGGGAGAACCUCUCAUUGGAUCUCGAGAUGCGCCCAAUAACGAGGCAUUCGGUAGUCUCUUCACUGAUGGAUUGCAUCUGACACCGGCUGGAUACCGUAUUGUCAGUACUGAGCUAAUGAACACAAUCCGUGCUAACUGGCCGGAGCAAGUUCCAGAGGUCCUGCCAAUGGUCUAUCCCCCGUGGCCUGAGGCUCCCAAAUAA